AUGGAGAAGGAACCAUCCGCCCCUGCCGCCGGGGGCCGAGGGGAAGGCCUCGUCGUCGCCCUGCGGGAGCUGCUCGAGCUCAAGGACCGCCGCAUCCAGGCUUCGGCGUUCUUCUUCGCCUGUGGAGCCUCCGUGGUGCUCCAUGGCACCGUGCUCAAGCUCAACCGCGCGGAUAAUCCGGAGCAUGUCCUGGCUGGAUAUGGGCUUUUCACCAUAGGCGCCGCGCUGGGGUUCCUCACGCUCAGCGGCUGUGACAGGCUCGGUCGCGCUGCGGCUCGAGUCGAGGAACUGCUCAGGGGAUUCUUCCAGUAG